ACAUGUCUGCAGUUACGGGCACCUUCCGCAUUGUCUCGGAGGAGGAGCAGGCCCUGCGCACCAAGCUGGAGCGCCUGACCACCAAGGACCACGGCCCUGUCUUCGGGAGGUGUGAGAAGAUCCCCCCACACACCCUGCAGAAGGCGAAGGAUGAGCUGAACGAGACGGAGGAGCAGCGGGAGGCGGCGGUGAAGGCGCUGCGGGAGCUGGUGCGGGAGCGGGCGGGCGGUGAGGAGGUGUGCAAGGCCGUGGCUGAGAAGGUGCAGGGCAAGGACGACUCCUUCUUGCUCCGCUUCAUCCGCGCCCGCAAGUUCGAUGUCCACAGGGCUUACGACCUGCUGAAAGGCUACGUGAACUUCCGCCAGCAGUACCCGGAGCUCUUUGACAACCUGACCCCCGAGGCUGUGCGCAGCACCAUCGAGGCAGGCUACCCUGGCAUCCUGGCCAGCAGGGACAAGUAUGGCCGGGUGGUAAUGCUCUUCAACAUCGAGAACUGGGAUUACGAGGAGAUCACCUUCGAUGAGAUCCUUCGUGCCUAUUGCGUUAUCUUGGAGAAGCUGCUGGAAAAUGAAGAGACACAGAUUAAUGGGUUCUGCAUCAUUGAGAACUUUAAGGGCUUCACCAUGCAGCAGGCAUCAGGGAUCAAACCCUCUGAGCUCAAGAAGAUGGUGGACAUGCUGCAGGACUCCUUUCCAGCACGGUUCAAGGCCGUCCACUUCAUCCACCAGCCUUGGUACUUCACCACCACCUACAAUGUGGUCAAACCCUUCCUGAAGAGCAAACUGCUGGAGAGGGUCUUUGUGCACGGGGAGGAGCUGGAGUCCUUCUACCAGGAGAUUGAUGCUGACAUCCUCCCGGCAGACUUUGGUGGGACCCUGCCCAAGUAUGAUGGCAAAGCAACUGCAGAGAAGCUCUUUGGGCCCCGCAUUGAAGCUGAAGACACGGCGCUCUAA